AACUGAGAUUCCAACUCUGAGAAGUUGGGGGUGGUGUGUGGUGUGUGUUGGAUCAGGCCUGUGAUUGGACUGCAGAGUCUGCUAGAGAGGAAGAAAGCAAAAGGAAAAAGGAAAAAGCUGGAGAGAGGGGAAAAGCCCUCCCUACCCCGAAACCAGUGCACACUCCCCCAGGCCUGGAAUAGGGUGCAGCCACUAGUCUCCGGGAGGCCAGUGUGUGUCAAGGGUGAUGCCCACAGAUGGACCCAGGGAGCUCUCUACCCCAAGUUGGCCUGCAAGCCCUCCAGGGACCGGCUUGCCAACAGCUGGACUUGAUCACCAGCUUGCAAAUUGAGAUCACGCCUCUGGUAGAAUAACAAGCGAACUCCGCUCUCAGGCUCUUUUUGGAGGAUUUGUCACAGCAGUGGCUAGAAAGCAGGAGACCACCACCUGGACCCUUGAGUCUUCUUCAAGAAGCACAGCCUAGGAGAUUCCACCCUGAGUGGUUUGCAAGAUGAUGAAGCUUCAGCGAGCUUCUGCUUUCCUGGUUCUGUUCCUUGCGACUUUUCUGCCCCCGCCACAGUGUGCCCAGGACCCAGGCAUGGUGCACUACAUCUACCAGCGCUUUCGAGUCUUGGAGGAAGGACUGGAAAAAUGUACCCAAGCAACGAGGGCAUACAUUCAAGACUUCCAAGAGUUCUCCAAGAAUGUAUCUGCUCUGCUGGGAAAGUGUCAGACCUACAGAAGUGAGUGUAAGAGUGCAGUGCAUAACCUGGGACUCAGAGUCGAGCGUGCCCAGCGGGAGAUUGACUACCUAGAGUACCUGCGGGAAACUGAUGUGUGCCCGGAGUCAGAGGACAAGACGCUGGCAGAAGAGCUAGUCCAAGAAGCUGAAGACGAGAAAAUGAUCCGGACUCUCCUGAAUGCAAGCUGUGACAACAUGCUGAUGGGCAUAAAGUCUUUGAAAAUAGUGAAGAAGACUACGGACACACAUGGCUCCUGGAUGAAAGAUGCUGUCAGCGACUCUCCAAAGGUUUACUUCUUCAUUGGGUCCAGAAGCAACACUGUUUGGGAAUUUGCAAACAUGCGGGCAUUCGUGGAGGAUGGCACCAAGCCAGGCCCCCGGAAGCUAAUCCUAACACGUUCCUGGCAGGGAACAGGCCAAGUGAUCUACAAGGGUUUUCUAUUUUUUCACAACCGAGGGACUCCCAACGAGAUAAUCAAAUAUAAUCUGCAGAAGAGGACUGUGGAAGAUCGAAUGUUGCUCCCAGGAGGGGCAGGCCGAGCGCUGGUCUACCAGCACUCUCCCUCAACUUACAUUGACCUGGCUGUGGAUGAGCAUGGGCUCUGGGCCAUCCACUCAGGGCCAGGCAUCCAAAGCCAUUUGGUUCUCACAAAAAUUGAGCCUGGCACACUGGGAGUGGAACAUUCAUGGGACACUCCAUGCAGAAGCCAGGAUGCUGAAGCCUCAUUCCUCUUGUGUGGGGUUCUCUAUGUGGUCUAUAGUUCUGGUGGCCACGGCCCCCAUCGCAUCAACUGUGUCUAUGAUCCGCUGGGCACUAUCAGUGACAACGAUCUGCCCAACUUGUUCUUCCCUAGGCGGCCAAGAAGUCACUCCAUGAUCCAUUACAACCCCAGAGAUAAGCAGCUCUAUGCCUGGAAUGAUGGAAACCAGAUCAUUUACAAACUCCAGACAAAGAGAAAGCAGCCUCCGGAGUAAUGCCCUACAGCCGAGAUGGAGAGCACCAUGGCUAUGGAUGCUGCUUUCCAGGACAAUGAGGCCACAGCCCUUUUGCAAUAUAGUAUCCCUCCAGUCACAUACAGGGAUAGGGUCCAGAAGUGGGAAUGCAUAUGCCUCCUUUCCCAGAUGUUAUUGGCCUUAGGGAUCUUCCAAAAGCUUAGUUGAGAGUUUGUCAUUCAGAAAUUUUUCAACAGCUUCCAUUAGCCAUCCAAACCUUCUGGCUCUCAAGGCCUUCCACAUUCUGAUCCUGCUUACGUCCAGCCUUUUCUUUUACAAGCAUUUACUCUAACUCCCCCCGCCUCAGCAAUUAGUAAUAUAGACCACCCACUAAUACUCCUGGCUUUUGUCUCCUCUGGCCUUUUUGCUGAAGCUCUUUCUUCUUUCACAAAUGCUUAUUGAUAUUCUUCCAUUUUUCACUGCCCAACUAAAGUACUACUUCUUAUUGAUGUUUAAUUUCCAUUUCCCCUAGCUUUGCCCCUCCACCAGGCUAGGUAGAUAUAAUAAUAAAGUAAAAACAUUAACAUUUGAAUACCAUUUUCCAGUUACAAAGUGUUUGCACUUAUGUCACAUCAUUUAAUUCUCAUCUCAUCCUUGUGAUAUGCAGAACAAGUCUUUAUAAUUCCCAUUUAAAGAUGAGGAGAGUUUAGAUGAGCCGUUCAAAGUAACACAGCUACAAAAUGAAAGACAGAGCUAGAAAAUACUGCAAAGUCCUUAGUCUUUCCAUUGCCCAAGGAAGCAUCAAAUAUGUAUAUUUCUUUGUCCAACCUUUUAUAAGCAAUAUGUUCAUUAUUUCAGCCUCAAAAUAAUGAUAUACCCCUUCAGCCUGUUUUCGUGUCUGCACAAGACUUUCCUAAAGGCUUUUCAAAAGGUACUUACUCCAGACAACCAGCCUAAGGGUGAGGACCCACCUCCAGCCUCAUCUUGGCUUACCUUCCCCUGCUUCUCUCUUCUUCCCUGAAAUACAAUAAAACUGACACUCAGCAAAUAAACCUCAUGAGGUUAUAUUUGCCUGCAUACCCUCAGCAUCAGAGUUUCAGGGAGGGCUGCCUGUGCUUGGGUUUACUGCGAACCAACCCCAAGACGCAGAGGCCCUUGGUAAAUGUUGUGGAAUCUGGAUGGAAGCCAGGUAGCAGGCAAGUGACUCCCUGUCACAGCAGGCGUACCAUGUGGCACAGGGGACAGAGGACAGCUGUGCCUAUCCAGAGGGGCUUCUUCAAAAUCUUUCCCACGCAUCCGUCCAAUCAGCCUGUUUGGGUCACAAGUGCAGGCUGUGGUGCCACUCUGUGUCAUGUGCCAAGGCCUCUGUCCUUCCAGGUUGGUCACAUGAGAGAGUUUGCUUUGUGCCUUUGCAGCUGUUUUCGUGACUCUGCCAAGCCCAGGCUGGGACUGUAGGCAGUGAAGAGAGUUCAUUUGUUUUUUCCCCAGGGCAUUUGAGUAGAUCUUUGGCAGAAUAAAAUUACUCACCGCAUGGAUACAGCACAAUUACCCACAGUUCCAAUAAAGUGAUACGGAAAGCCCAA